AUGGCUCCCAAAACAAUCCUCAUCGUCGGCGCAACCGGUAACACCGGUCGCAUGGUCACCGAGAUCCUGUCACAAAACUCCCAGACCUUAGCACACCUCAAGGAAUACCGCCUGCUCGCCUUGACCAGAUCCACCAGCAGCGCUGUUGCUCAAAAGCUUGCCAAGCUUCCUAACGUCACCUUUGAGGAGAAGAAGUGGCCAGAGAUUGACGGCGACUGGCUUCGCGAGCGUAACGUCGUCAAGGCCUUUAUCGCAUCCCACAAUCUACCCCCGCACUUCGCAGAGGAGUCCACGUUUCACGUUGCAGCCCUACGGGCCGGCGUCAAGUACGUUGUUCGCAUCUCCACCACGGCAGCGAACUGGUCUUCGCUCCAGCCCAAUGUAUUUUUCACCUUCACCAUCCCGCCCGCAGUCGAGUUUGUCAAAAACUUCCGCAAGGCGGGGAAGCAAGGAAAGCUUGCAUUGUUGCUAGAUGAGAAGGCAGAGGUGGGGGUCGUGGAUGCCGAUGACGUGGGGAGGUUCGCUGCCGCACUUCUCAGCGCAGAGGAUCAUUCCAUCCACAACAAGAAGAAGUAUGUGUUGAACGGACCCGAUGACGUUACCGGUAGAGGAAUCGUGGACCUAGUGGAGAAAGAAAUCGGGGUCAAAGUGGAGAAUGUCAAGUAUAGAGACCUAGACUUCCUCGAACAGAUGGCGGCUUCAUCUCCAGAACCGCAUCUUAUUCAAUCUAUCAAGUAUGCGCCAGUGACGGGAUGGAAUGGAGAGUGCUCCGUCGCCACAACGAGUAAGGAAGUCUACGAGCUUGCAGCACCCCAAACUACCGCUGCUGACUGGUUCCAAAAUGCUUUGAAAAACCAUGGAUAA